AUGGCUACCAGGGGACCAGAACCACGGGGGCCACCAACAGUCACCCCCGAGAAACAAGAAACUCACGUCGAACAACAUGGAAAAGACGUCUUCAAGCCUUCACGCGAGUUCAUGCUCGCCUUCGCGGCACUCUGUACCAUUGCCCUCGCUGUCGCUCUCGACGCUACGACCCUCUCCGUCGCCCUCCCGACAAUGUCCCUGGCCCUCGGCGGCACUGCCCUCGAGGCCUUCUGGUCAGGCACUAGCUUCUUGUUAGCCAGCACCGUCCUGCAACCCACCAUCGCUGGGCUCAGUAGCAUAUUUGGACGCAAACCCCUUGUCUACGCUUCGGCGCUCCUGUUCGUCGUGGGUUCCAUCGUUGGCGCCGUCGCAAACAACUUCACUGUCGUGAUCGCGGGCCGGACAAUCCAGGGUAUCGGCGGCGGCGGGAUCCUCGCGCUCACAGAGGUCAUCAUCACCGACCUCGUCCCGCUCGCCGUCCGGGGCCAGUGGUUCUCGCUGCUUUCGGUCGUGUGGUCCGUCGGCACCGUCACGGGCCCCCUGAUCGGCGCCGGCUUCGCGCAGAACGUGUCCUGGCGAUGGAUCUUUUGGAUAAACCUCCCCAUCACCGCUUUGGGCGUCGUCAUGAUAUUCUUCUUCCUCAGACAGGUCAGCAUCCCCGGCGAGGUCGGCGCCAAGCUCAAGAGGUUCGACUGGCUGGGCAGUUUUCUCUUCACGGCGGGCUCGACGAGCUUCCUGUUCGGCAUCUCAACGGGCGGCGUCAUGUACGAGUGGACCUCGUUCAGAUGUCUGCUGCCGUUGAUCCUGGGCGUCUUCAUCAUCGUCGGGUUUGGCUUCUGGGAGCUCAAUUUUGCGAAGGAGCCUCUCAUUGACAAGGGUAUCUUCAACAACUGGACUAUGAUCGCCAACUACAUCAUGACAAUCUUUCACGGCAUGAUCCUUUGGUCUAUCCUCUACUUCCUCGUAAUCUCCGCCGUCGCUGCCCUCCCAGAAUCCCUCACGGUUGCCCCCGCCGCCAUGGUCGUUGGUCUCAUUGCCGGAGUCACGGGUCGAUACCGCUGGUCCCUCUGGUCUGGCUGGGUCGUCACGACUCUCGGUGCCGGACUCAUGUGCCUCAUGCGGCCGUCCACCACCAUUCCACAGUGGGUAUGGCUCAAUAUACCUAUUGGCAUCGGCACGGGCAUGCUGUUCCCCGCCAUGGCACUCUCGAUCCAGGCCGCCUGCGAGCCGGCGCUCAACGGGCAGGCCGCGGCGUUCUACUCGUUCCUCCGCACGUUUGGCCAGUCGGUCGGUGUCGCCGUCUCAGGCGUCAUCUUCCAGAACGCGUUCCAGAAAAGACUGGCUCAAGUCCCGGCGCUCGCGGACGCGGCCGAGGAGUACUCGCGCGACGCCACCAUUGUCGUGGAGGUCAUAAAGCGGAUGCCGGAAGGGGACGCAACGCGCGCGGAGCUGGUGGAGGCUUACUGCGAUGCGCUGCGGGCGAUCUGGAUCAGUCUUAUUGCGUUUGCGGGGUUCUGUAUGCUCAUCAGCAUCACGGUCAAGAAGUACAGUUUGAAUCAGGAGCAUGUCACCAAGCAGAGGCUCGUGACGAGCGAUGAUACGAGUAGGGAGGACAUCGAAAAGGGGAGCAAGGACGGACGUUGA